AUGUAGCCAAUUAGUGAUGGAGUGAAGUAUCCACCAUAAUACAGCACUUUUGGAAAUUAAAACAGUAAUAAUGACUUAAAUGAAAUUCAGUAUACCGGCAGAUAAUAUCACGAGUAAGCUUAUGAUUUUGAAAUAUCAAAAGAACAGUCAGAAGUUCAAAAUAUACCACAUAAUAACCUUUAGAUGACAUUAACUGAAAGGCUGAAAAAGUUGGAUACAGAUGAAAUGAGAUCAAGCGGAAUAGUUUUAAGCAAAAAUUACAAUGAAAGUAUGAAAAGCUCCAGUUUAAAAUUAUAAAAAAAUGAUAGCUUAAGAUUGUCAGCAACUUUUAAAGGCUCAAUAAAUGAGAAUGCUGAUGAAGACUAAGUUUUAAAUUCUCCCAGGAUACAUAAAUAAAUGAGCAAUGGUAAUUAAGAAAAUAGAUCAUCUGUAAACACAAGCUAAAGAGGGCCGUAUUACAAUCCGAUAAGAACUUCGUAAGAUCAUACUGCUAGAAUGUCAAUAAAUGUCAAAGAAAGAGAUAGUGUUGACAUUAAAGAUGCAAUAAAUGAGUUAAAACAACAAGAGCAGCUUUAUUAAUUAGCAGAAUAAGCAAAGCACUCAUACUUCAAAAAGCCAAAAAGCAAGUUUAGUGAUACAAUUUUAGCUACAGAAAAUCCUUUUGAAAUAAAUAAAAAUAAAACAAAGAUUGAAGUUGAAGAUGUCAUUCCAUCUCUUUCUUAAUAAUCAAUCUAAAAGAAGAGAUUGAAUGAGGCAAAUCUUCGAACUCUAAAGGGAAAUCAAUAAUUUAUUCCUUAGACUCCCAGUCUCAAAGAUGUUGAACUAAUGUCGAUUACUUCAAAAGCUGAUUCUGUAAAAUAAACAUAGAUGAACAGUGAUGCCAAAUCAUCUUAUCUAGAUGUAAUCAAAGAAGAAUCAGACUCUCGAAGAAGUAGAUUUUAUAAUCAGAGUAUAUCUAAUAUUUACAACAAUGGUAGUUCGAAUCUCAGUCAGGAUAAUAAAAGUGUUAUCUUGGAUUUUAACUAACCUAACUUCGAUAAACAAACUGUUAAGAGUGACCAGACUAAUAAUGCAUCCAAGCAAUAAAAAUCUACCUCCAAUGCCCUAAGCAAAAGAUUAUUAGAAUAUGAACUCAUUUUAAAAUCUACCAGAAAGUAUAGCAGUUUAAGAGGAGAAAAUGAAGCAGCAAUAAAACCUAAGAAUGCAAACAAGACUUCAUUUUCUUUAAUAAAAAGAAGAGCAAAGGCAGCUCUACUUUAAUCAGAGAACUUCAUCUCUAACAUCUCAUAUAAAUUAGCAGCAGUAGAAUUAACAUCCAAUGAUAAAUAGCAACAAUCUCUAAACUUACUAGAACAAUGUUCAACAACUUACUGA